AUGAGCUACGGCGCAUACGGUGCACCGCAGUCGCGCUCCAAGGUCGUCUUCGUUGGCAACCUGCCGUUCGACUACACUGAGGAGCAGUUCAUCGAUGUGUUCUCCUCUGUUGGCCCCGUCGUCUCGUUCCGUCUCGUUUUCGACCACGCAACCGGCAAACCCAAAGGUUUCGGUUUCUGCGAGUACCGCGACGCCGACACCGCCGCCUCUGCCAUCCGCAACCUCCAGGGUGUCGAAGUUGGCGGACGCGGCUUGAGGCUCGACUUUGCGGACACGGAGGAUGCACCGCCUAGCAAGCGAUUCAGGGGUGGAGCGGGAGGGCCGCCGGGAGGAAUGGGUGGUCCGCCUGGAGGAGGAGGAGGAGGAUAUGGAGGAGCCUAUGGCGGCGGCGGCGGUGGUGGUGGAUACGGCUCAAUGCCUCCUGCUGGUCCACCACUCGGCGGCGCGCCAGGCGCAGGCGUGCCUAUCCCUCCGCCUGGCAGGGAAGGCGGAAUCGUCGUGGGCCCGCCGGCAGGAGGUUAUAACAUCCCUCCGCCUGUCCCCGGUGCGACGGGACCGCGACCGCUCCCUGUGGGGGUUCCUGUCGAGUCGGGCAAGUCGGCGACGGACAAGAUCACCGAGACGAUUGGAACGAUGGCGCCUGGACAGCUGCUCGACAUUAUGAGCCAGAUGAAGGCUCUCGUUACCGCCAGCCCUUACGAAGCUCGUGCGCUGCUCACGGCGCAACCGCAGCUCUCGUACGCCCUCUUUCAGGCAAUGCUCUGCAUGGGCAUCGUCGACCCUGCCAUUCUACAAAAAACGUUCCCUGGCGCCGCAGGCACUUCUGCACCUCCCCCUCCCGCACCUUCCGCCUACCCUCCCGUCGCACCCGCUCCCGCACCCUCCUCAUACGGCGGCUACAACGCCCCUCCCCCCUCCGCACCCUCCUACGCAACUCCGCCUCACCAACCGUCUUCGUACCCUGCGCCCGGCGCACUGCCCGCUAGCUACUCCCGCCCUCCUCCCGCGUCGUACAACGGUCCCUCCGGCGGCGCACCGCCUCCUCAGCCCGCCUCGUACACCGGCUACCCGCAGUCCACUGGCCAGCCGAAGGCGAGCUACAACGGACCGAGCGGCGCGUCCCAGCAGGCUCCUCCUCCCCCGCCAGCUGCUGCUGCGUCAGGUGCAGGGGCGAGUGCCGACCAAGCAGCUCUCAUCCAGCAGGUCCUGUCGAUGACCGAUGCGCAGAUCGCUGCGCUCGACGAGACGAGCCGCAAUACGAUCUUGCAGAUUCGGCAACAAGCGCAGCGGGCGAUGGGGCGGUAG